AUGGGUAAGAAAUGUUUUGACGACUAUUUUGUAUAUUUAAAAUCAGCUUUUUCUAAUAACGAUUAUGUCGUGGCAAUAUUUGGUGAAAAAUGCCUCCGAAUCAUCAACGUUAUUGGAAGUAGUGAUCGUUAUUUGUUUGACCAUCUAAAGGUCUUUAGUCAGUCAAUAAUGUUUCGAAUGGACACUUUGACCUCGGUAUUCAAUGUGAAAUCUUGGAUAUGGGAUGCUGCAUGGAUUUAUGAUAACAAUAAAGACAUCAGAACGAAGGAGCCUAUCCUCCUAGCUCUUGUGACUGGGUUAAAUGCCGUUGUUAUAGUAGAAUGGAAAACCCUAAAUGAAUCAUUACAAGAAAAGAAACAAGUAGCAGAAGUUUCCAUAAAGCUGAUAGGACAUGAGGGUGCUAUUUUCUCAAUUACUUUCGCUAAUGAAAAUUAUCUCUGCUCUGCGUCCGAUGAUCGAAGUAUACGAUUGUGGCAAGUAAAUGAAGAUUGGAUUUCAGAUCCCAGAAAAGAAAGAAAGCCAGUAAUAUUAUCUCCGUUAAAGACCUUCUAUGGUCAUAAGGCACGAGUUUGGGAUGCGUACCUACUGUCUGAUUAUGUCAUAAGUAUUGGAGAGGGAAAAAAUAUUUGGAGUAUGGCAAUUUCUCCUGAUGGAUCUCUUGCGGCUACUGGUGGUGGAGAUGCAUCAAUACGUCUCUGGCCUAUUCUUAAUUUUCAUCCGCUUGUUGUCAAUCAAACAAUUACUUUGCCCGUUAAUCUCGACGAAAGUGUUAAAACUGAAUCUAAGAGUUUUCGUAUACAUAUCUGUCUGUUAGUUACUUGUAUCAGUAUUCUUGGGAGAUACUGUUACUUUGUACGUCUGGUGACGGUAACGUCUUUAGGUUCUAACAGCAAAGCAGUCGAAUUAGAAAAUUACUUUUCCGGUAAAGUUUUAAGUCUGGUUUGGGCAAUCGGUUACACUGACCACGAAUCUGUUAACUUAAUUGCUACAGGUCCAGAAGGAGUUAUGGUUUGGUUUACAAUUGUUAGCACGAAAGAUGGAUUGAAGACUUACCUUAUGAAGAGCAUGAAUUUGCCUAAUUGUAAGCAUCGCUGGGUAACCUGUGCACAAAUCAUCAGCAUUUCUAGUGUUAAUGAUUUAAGUCUUGGUAGUACGAGUAGCAACCGUACAAAGCGGAAGACAUGUUUUAUCAUCUGUGGGGACAGACAUGGAACUGUUCAUGUAUACGAUGGAAAUGAUACUGAUACUAGCGAAGUUCAUCAUAACAUUAAGGAGGGUAUUCUUCCGAUUAAUUCAUUCCGAAAUUUGCAUGGAGACAACGGUGUUACGUCGAUAUGUAGUUCUAGAAAUCAUGUUUUUACUUGUGGUAGAAACGGAAUGUAUUGCAAGUUUCUAAAAACAGAACGUGGUAUUGAGCUAAUUGAAAAACUUAAGGAUGGGGGUGUAAGAGGUACCUUCGCUUAUAUUAAAGCAACAAAAGCCUGUAUUUGCAACUUCACUUUGACAAAACCUACUUGUAAAGUAAUUUUAAAGGAAUCACUUCAUGGCAGAGAAAUUACGGAUAUUUAUCUUUUGGAUUGGCGGCGAAAACCUCUUGGAGCUAAUAAUUCUGAAAGAGUUAUAUGCUAUCGGAUAUGCCUUAACAUCAAUAAAGUUACUGGAAAUGAGGGAUUUCUAAGAAGAUUGAAAGUAUGCCGAGACCAUAUUUCGAGUAUUCGAGCAAUCGUGGGCUCACGCCUGCAAAGUAAUCUUGAUGGUUCUGAGCGAGGCCGGAUUAUCAUUUUAUUUACUGCUGGUGGACGAAUGCUUCUAAAGGCCUGGAAGGUAACUCUGCCAGCUUGUGGCGAUGGUGACGUUGCACUGAGUCAGAAUUAUAACGACUCCGAUGUUACUCUUAUUUCUGAAUUAUCACAAAAUGAAAUAAAUUUCCGUAAAAAAGUUAAAACACAGCAAGAUUCAUCAUUGGAAAGCCGUAUCAUGGCUCUUGCAUCUUUUUGUAUUGAUCAAACCAUUUAUAGCAAGUUUACUGACGAAAGCAUAUACUUCGUUGCUGCCGCUUGCUCUGACGGAUUAAUUAGCUCAGAUGCAAACCGUUAUUCUAUCCCCUUUUUACUUAGUGGUGCGACUGAUGGCAAAAUUGCUAUUUGGCAAGUCGACACUGCAUUAUUGGACCAGUUUUCCUUAUCACAAGAAGAAGUCUUGCUUGAUCCUAAAUGUAAUAAACCUGACGUCCUGAAAGCCCAUGCCUGUGGUGUUAAUAAAAUCAAUGCGAUGCGAGAUCCUGGUAUCCAGUUCUUGAGCCCUACAUAUAUAGUUUCUGUAUCAAUUGAUCAACGUUUAAAAAUUUGGUAUAUCCCAACUGAUGCCAAAUUUUGUUCAGUAAAGCGGAUAUUCUCCAGUUUUGUUAAUGUUGCCGACGCUUCAAAUCUACAUGCUUGUCCAAUCGGAUGCAAUGAAUGGAUAAUAGGUAUUUGCGGCACUGGUAUAGAAAUUUUUCACGUUACUAUAAAGCCUGAUGAACAGUGA